AUGUACACCAUCGCUUUCGCCGAGCUCUGCGAGCGAUUCUCGUACUACGGAUCUGCUGUCCUGUACACCAACUUCGUCAACCGUCCUCUCCCCCCCGGUUCGACCACCGGCGCCCCUGCCGACCCCAAUGGCAGCAUCAUUCCUGGCGCCCUGGGCAUGGGCCCCAAGGCUGCUCAGGGUAUCAACCUGUUCAACCAGUUCUUCGCCUACCUGAUGCCUCUAUUUGGUGCCUGGUUGGCCGAUGCCAAGCUUGGUCGUUACAAGACCAUUCACAUCGCCAUCGUCGUCUCUACCAUUGCGCACGUCAUUCUCGUCGCUGCCGCCGCGCCCGGUGUCCUGACGUCCGGCAACAAGGGCGGGUUCGGUGCCUUCAUCAUUGGUCUCCUUCUGCUCUGCACUGGUACCGGUCUUUUCAAGGCCAACAUUUCUCCCCUGCUGGCUGAGCAGAACCGCGACACCCGCAUGCGUGUAGAGGUUCAGAACGGCGAGCGCGUCCUCAUCGACCCCUCGAUCACCAACUCGCGUGUCUUCUUGUGGUUCUACUUCGCCAUCAACAUUGGAGCCACCGUUGGUCAGGUCUGCAUGGUCUUCGUCGAGAAGUACCACAGCUUCUGGCUGGCCUUCUUCCUGCCCACCGUUCUGUUCCUCCUCUGCCCCCUGGUUCUUGCUCUCAACAAGAAGCACUACCACCUCACUCCUCCUACCGGCUCCGUUCUCCAGAAGUUCCUCCAGAUGUUCGGCUUUGCUAAGAAGCGUUCUACUGGUGCUUUCUCCGUCAACUGGGAGGCUGCCAAGCCCUCCAACGUGCCCGUUGCUGAGCGCCCCGGCUGGAUGACGUACGAUGACGCCUGGGUCGACGAGGUGAAGCGUGGUCUGAUGGCCUGCAAGGUCUUCCUCUUCCUGCCCAUCUUCUUCCUCGCCUACAACCAGAUGACCGGUAACCUCACCACCCAGGCCGGCACCAUGGAGCUCCACGGCGCCCCCAACGAUGUUAUCCAGAACCUGAACCCCCUGUCGAUCAUCAUCAUGGUCCCCAUCAUGGACAAGGUCGUCUACCCCGGUCUCCGCAAGAUGGGCAUUGCCUUCACCCCCCUGAAGCGUAUGGCUGUCGGUUUCCAGUUUGCCACUGCCUCCAUGGUCGCCGCCUGUGUUAUGCAGUACUUCAUUUACGAGAAGUCCCCCUGCGGCUGGAACGCCAACACGUGCGCUGAGGAGGGCGAGGUUGCGCCCAUCAACGUCUGGGCCCAGUCUCUUCCCUACGUUCUCGUCGGUAUUGCUGAGAUCUUCACCAACGUCUCCUCGUACGAGUACGCCUUCGCCAAGGCUCCCGAGAACAUGAAGUCUCUAGUCAUGUCCGUCAACCUGUUCAUGUCGGCCAUCUCUGCCGCUCUCGGCCAGGCCUUCACCCCCAUCUCGGGCGACCCCUACCUCGUCUGGAACUACGCUGCCGUGUCUGGUAUCUCGUUCAUCGGUGGCAUCGCCUUCUGGCUUCUGCUUCCGCACCUGGACAGCCAGGAGGACAAGCUCAACAUGCUCCAGAAGACCGAGUUCCUCGGCACCGUUCAGCCCAACGCUCGCCCACGAGCAAGAGGAGGUUGUCGAGACCAAGGUUUAAUUGCGCACUGUUUUACGGUUGUUGUCUAGACGAUUGCAUGAGAGGUCGAGGCCCGCCUGGUGUUCACGUACUUUUAUAUGAUAUCCCCAGUAAUGCCAGGAUGGAUGGGCAGCUCGAGUGCGCCAUGAGAAGUAGUAUGUAGUAAUGCGACAUGAGAGAUUCAUCGCU